AUGAAUUCAAUAGAUCUGAAGUGGACAUACGCAAUUGAUAUGGAACAGUCUACAGUAGACAGCUAUGUGGAGUUCGUUUCCCUCCUCUCGUCGUGUCACCGUCUCGUCUCCCUCCUCCCUUCAGACUCCCCGAAGCACACGAACCGGGGCGUGCGGGGCCUGAGAGCGGGGGGCGGGUCGCCACGCCGCUCACGCCGCCGGCAGCAGCAGUUCCUCCAGCGUCCUCAGGAGGUGGUGGUCGUGAGGGAGGCUUCGGCGAACACCCAGGGCCUGGAUCCGGAACUGGCGCGGCUGCAGUCGAUCCCCACCUUCCUACCCAUCAUGCGCGGGGCCCUGACAGCGCCUUCUGCACGAGAUCCCGAGGUCCUUGAGCGCCUGGACUCGGCCGCUCUGGUGGCCCUGUGCCGUCGCUACCAGGCACACCUCCACGCCACCGCCUCCGCCACCAGCCAGCACCAGGACCUCCUCUCCAGCAAGAUUAGGGAGGUGGACUCCACGAUCAGCGGGUUGGUGACGCAAGUGACGGAGCGACAGCGUAACUUCGCCCGGUACGCAGACAAGCUGAACCAAGUGAACGAGAUUAGCCACGCCCUCUCCCGUUGCCACGCCUCCCUCAACCUCAUUCUCGAGAGCCUGGAGACGCUGAACAAUUCUCUGCCGAUCCAGGACCGCCUCGAGCCCUUCGUGUGGACUACAGGCUGAAGGAGGAAGGUUAAGGGCGUCUGAGGGUGUGUGGGUGUGUGUUUGUAGGUGGGUGGGGUGUGUAUGUGUUUGUGUGUGGGUGAGUGGCGUAUGAGGGACGUGUUUGUGUGUCUAUGACUGUGUGUGACUUUGUGCUUUUGUGAAUGGGUGUAUGUACAGAAGUACGAAUACUGUAACUAUACACAAUAGUAACGGAAUGAAAACGUGACGUUUCGAAGCCGCCAGUUCAUCAUCAGUAAACAUCGAAAUGGCUUUGACUACAUUUGAUUAGGAAAUAUAGUCAGGUUCGAAAUGUGUGUUUACUCCGGUCCUGUUGUGGAAGGAUUUCGUUUUAUGAAUGAGUGUGUUUUGCUUGUGUGUUUUAUGUGACUUUAAGCUUGUAUGAAUGUGUAUGUUCGACUAUGGUUGUGUAUUUUUAUGUGUAUGUGCACUUGUGUAAAUGUGUUUAUUUUCCCAUGAUAUUGUGCGUAUGUGAAUAUAUUUCGACUAUACCUGUAUACUUAGGUGAGUGCAAUGUUUGUGUAUGUAAUAUCAUUAUAUUUCUGCGAGUGUGUAUAUUUAUAUGCGCCCAUGUCUCCACUUGUAUGAGUUUAUGUCUCUUCAAAGAGUAUUUGCGUGACUCAUGUGUACUUGUCCUUGUGUUGUCAAGUCAUUUAUUUAUUGUCAAGCCGAAGAUGUUAUAUAAUUGUUCAGAAGGGUAGUGCAUGAGUCACAAUUUUACAAUACUGAACAACAAGGUGAUAUUCAUGAACACUUUUUUGUUCAUUAGAUGCAGAUGCAUCAUAAUAAUUCAUUCCACAAAUGUCCAAUCUUGUUUUCUUCUCCACACAAUUGUAAAAAUGUAAAUCUCUAUUGGAAGUGGAUACUGAUGAAAUAAAAGCUGUUACGGCA